UACCUUCACUGCCUUCCAGCCAUGGAACGCACACUCUCUCUCCUUAUCUUCUUCUUCUUCAUACUUUUAAACUAAAAAGUUGGAGUCUUGAAGAUAUAAUUCCCUCUCUCUCUCUUCCGUAUUUCUUCAAUGGCUGCCUUCACUAUAUCUUCUGCUUCCCCCUGUAAGCUGAGUUCAAGAGAGAAUGGGAUUUGCAGUUCAUCGUCACAAGCUUUAAUGGCGAAGGCGAGAAGAAGCAGUGGAGUGGGAAUGAAGGAGAAGGUCAGGGGAGGGAGACUGACGUGUCAGGCGACGAGCAUACCGGCCGACGACAGAGUGCCGGACAUGGGCAAGAGACAGGUCAUGAAUCUGCUUCUGCUCGGCGCCCUUUCCCUCCCCACCGCCGGCAUGCUCGUUCCUUAUGCCACCUUCUUUGCUCCGCCGGGGUCAGGAGGUGGAAGUGGGGGUACCGUAGCGAAGGACGCCAUUGGGAAUGAUGUUGUUCUCGCCGAAUGGCUCAAAACCCAUGGACCUGGUGACCGAACCUUAACUCAAGGAUUAAAGGGAGACCCAACGUACCUGGUGGUGGAGAAUGACAGGACACUCGCAACUUAUGGGAUCAACGCAGUGUGCACACACUUGGGGUGUGUGGUGCCAUGGAAUGCAGCAGAGAACAAGUUCAUCUGUCCCUGCCAUGGUUCUCAAUACAACAACCAAGGCAGGGUCGUCCGAGGCCCUGCUCCUCUGUCUCUGGCAUUGGCACAUGCAGAUGUCGAUGAUGGCAAAGUGGUGUUUGUUCCCUGGGUUGAAACUGAUUUCAGAACUGGAGAUGCACCCUGGUGGGCUUGAUUCAAGCUUACUCCAUAAUAUCAUUCUUAUGUUUUCCACUCUUAAUUUUUUCUUUCCUACAUUUUGUUAAAAAUAAACCUUUUUUUCUUUUUCUUUUGGUAUCAUUGAUGGUCAACGCAAGUGUCAAUAUUUCUUGCAAAACAGUGCGGCCUUCAGUCUUAUUGUUGACUAUACAUAAUUUCCUCCUCCAAACAAUCUCGAAUUUGAAUUUUAGAACUCUUGUUCUAA